AGCCAUGUCCAGGUCUCUAGCAAAGAUGUGUUGAGUCGCGCACUUGGCAGUGGCGCAGCAGCUCAGAGCCAACUGCGUACGAGAAAUGAGCGUUCCCAUGGGAUCCCAUGGUACCACCAGGACGCAAGCAGACAUGGGUCUGAUCGCAAAAGGGAUGUGCUUGUGGGAACUUCAUGUGGCGCAUCCAGUGUCGUGAAUGUGGACAGCGUGCCCCGCAGCGUGAGCUCAAGCAGACCCGCUACCCAGGCAGCUCUUUUCCAUGGACUUCAGCUCGUAGACGCUGGGCUGACGGCCCACCGCCAGCAGGAGGUAGUAACGCAGGAGACCGGUCGCCAACCCAGAAGGAGCUCGCGGUCCAGGCCCUCACGGAUUUCGCCAAGAGUUGGGGCAGGGACGCCACGGAGGUGCUAGCCUUCGCCCAGUCCCAGCCUGCGGAGGCGGCCCCGCAACCGGUGGGCCUCUCCACCAAGAACUUGCAAUAUCUCCCCCAACGGCGGAUCAAGAAGGAACGCGAGUUGGAGUCAGCUGCGCACAGGAGGCUCAGUCAAGGCUUGACGAAAUCAAGCAGUGCAUCGAAGACCAUGAGGAGGCUUUCGCCAGGAUCGAAGCCGCCAUCCGUGGAGGCCGGGCCAACACUAUACUGCCCGAGGUCAUGCAAGAACAUCCAGAAGAUCCAGCAGCUUUGGUGGCCAGUUUGGAAGCGCUCUCGGCCCUCCUCAUCGCAGCCACGACUUCACUGUUCAGGCUGCGGUCAUGGCUGGGCAGCUGGCGGAAACUAAGGGCGAUGUGCAGGCUAAUGCUGCUACGCCUGCUCAGUCUGUUGCUCUUGCUCCAGGCGCUGCAGUUGCUGGCGCUUGGCCCGCUGCUGCGGGGGGUGACGCAAAUAUGACAGUCGACCAGCCGAUCUACUUCCAGUUCGAUCCCGACGAUGAGCAGCUGCAGAAGGUAUUCGCUGAGUCAGGCUGCGAAGUCGGAUAGGACAAUCUGCGUUUUGAGAGGCUCCUCGAGGGCCUUGUUGCAGCGGCCAAGAAGGCAAAGAGUGGGCGACGCGGCAGCCCCGCCAUGGCUGGCCCACCAUGGACAGGUUACGGCCGUGGCGGCUGAUGGACCCACCCCUGCCCCCGUGCGCGGUCGAAAGCGGGCUGGUGGCAGGGCGGUGGUUGAGGGCGAACUCGUGCUAGUCUCGGCCAAUACUUUGCAAUGGACUUCGGCACAGGAGCUGGUGGAUUGGGUGAAGCCUGACGCGGGCUCCCUUCUGCAUUGCUUGUGUUUGCAGGGGCGCAGGAUCAAUCCGAGGAGGGCUUUGCAGUUCAGUGCUUAGCUGGGCGCGACAGCGUGAUAUGCAGAUGUUUUGCGCUCUUCCCGAACCAGAUGGUGAUGGACUGCUCACAUGGCGGUCAGGCCCCAUAACGGCACAUCUUUCGCAUGCUUCAUGGCCCCAUGAGGAGACCCCACGAAGGCGAUGCCCGCAACGAUUGGGUCGUUCGCCAGGAUCUAUUUUGGUCUUUAAAUGCAGUGCUCGUAAAAUCUGUCUGUCUGCCAGCACUUGAAUUCGCAUAUCUGUGGCAUGUC